AUGCAACUAAACCUAAUCACCGUCAUAUACGCAACCUGGGUGUUGUCUCUGAGGCCUACCCUCGCCCAAGACGACGGCUCUUGCUAUGAUGCCGAGCAGCAUCCAGUGGAGUUUGCCGAUCUGGGAAGUAGGCAAGAGAUCUCCCAGGCCCUCAACGAGACUUGCGAGCCUCCCCUUGGCGAUCAAGUAUAUCAGUGCAAUGCGGCGAAAGCUCUUGACGUUCACAUGCCGAACAAUGCUUCUCGCAGCUUCGUCUUCCAUUUCGCAAGCCUCCACUACGUUAAUCAGAGUAUUCCCGACGAUGGCCCUUGUGGCGACGUCUACUUCUCCCGCGAAAGCUGCGUCUACUUAGGCCUUACCGCCAUGGACAUGUGCGAGCAUGGCGGCGAGGUCACCAUCAACGAGACUGAGGCUGCUGGCGGUGGGGAACAGAAGCCGGUGACGGCUUGGUUGCAGGUCAUCCCGUACACUUAG